AGCACCCGGCUUAGUUUCCGUCUCCUUCCAGACAACACCAGGGAAAGGGGGGGAUCGAUCGCGGGCUAUCUCUGGCGCAAAGAGGGAGAAGCCAAGGAGAGCCGGCUCCUGCUUGGGGGCUCCCCCCCCCUUUCCAAACCGAUCCUCCUUUCGAGGAGAGGAAAGGGGGGAAAACAACAAGAAAACCGACCCUUGCUGUCAAAGGAAGGGGGAAGCCUCCAGAGAGCAAUGCAGGCAGCAAAGUUGCAAGUCUGAUCUGAAAGUAAACCCUUUCCCCUUCCUCUCCUCCUCCUCCUCUAACAGCCAGAAUCGAGGCCAAGGAGGCAGCUAAGAGGCCUCAUGCAGAGAAAGUAUUAACUACUGGGGGAUGUGCCACCUUGGCAACUAGAAUGCUGAAGAUGAAACGGUGCUUUGAAGGUGUUGGGCUGCGGUGUUUCCUUCAGGCUAUGCCUCUCUGUCUUCAUUGGUUGACAUUCUUCAUUUCUGAUUGGCGGGCUGAGUCUAUAUAAGGUAGUGUGCGAUGGCAGAACCAGAUGUGCAGGAUGGGAGCAUGACUGCCACUCCAACGCAGAAAAAUCUCCUUAUCUUCGACUUUGAUGAGACCAUUGUGAAUGAGAACAGCGAUGAGUCUGUUCUCCAGGCUGCUCCAGGGAAACAGCUUCCAGAGUCAAUACGCCAAACCUUCCGUGAAGGAUUCUACAAUGAAUACAUGCAGGGUGUCUUGAAGUACAUGGGAGACCAAGGGGUGAAGAUGGCUGAUUUCAAGGCAGUCUAUGAGAAGAUCCCACUCUCCCCUGGUAUGCGUGACCUCUUCCAGUUUCUCUCUAAGCAGCAGGACCACUUUGAAAUCAUCCUCAUCUCUGACGCCAACAUGUUUGGCAUUGAAUGUGCCUUGAGAGCCGCCGGGGCCUAUUCCCUUUUCCGUAAGAUCUUCAGCAACCCUUCUAGCUUUGACAAGAGAGGUUACUUCACCUUGGGCCCUUACCACUCUCACAACUGCCCACGAUGUCCAGCGAACAUGUGCAAACACAAGAUCCUCACAGAAUACUUGGCAGAGAGGGCUCGGGAGGGAGCCAGAUUCGAACGGGUCUUCUAUGUGGGAGAUGGAGCCAAUGACUUCUGCCCUUCCACAGCUCUGACAUCAAGCGAUGUUGCUUUCCCAAGGAAGGGCUAUCCCAUGCACCAGCUCAUCCUGGAGGUAGAGAAAAAUCAACCUGGGACCUACCAGGCCACUGUAGUCCCUUGGGACUCAGCCGUAGAAGUUUGCUGCUACCUUCAAGAUGUUCUCAAGAGGAAAUGUUGAGGGAGGAGAGGACUUGAGGGAAGAAACUGCUACUCUUGAUCCACCCCCUACAAGCAGUUUGGAAAGAUCUGAAUGAUUAACAUCACACUUCUCUCAUA